AUGAUUAGUGUGAUCUUCACUCUUCUCGCUUUCACUGCAUCUGAUGUAAUGGCUGCCAUCGUGGACGACUUUUCCUGUACCGAUAUGACCUCAUACACAUCUCUUGCUACUGCUUGUUCCAACAACAUUGCCGAUUCGUCUUGCGCAGUUCUUUACAAAGAAUCAGCUGCCGGAGUUGGAUAUCCAGCACCAGGAAACUCUGUACAACGUCCAUUUGCGUGUUACAGUACUGCUGCGGCAGGAGGAUCUGUAGAUCAAGGAAUGAAGCAGGCAGCUAUCACGAACUGUCCAAAAACUUGUGGAAUGUGUUGUUUGACACCAGCAUACAAUUGUUCCAACGCCCAAUUCCCAGCUUUCAAUUGUGCCACAGUUCUCCAAUCCCAAUGUACUUCCUCAAUCUGGCGUGAAAAGAUCGCUCAGAAUUGUCCAUCAGUCUGUGGAUUCUGCAACGACGGAGGAUGUGUCGAUGGAGUGACGAACUGUGCCAAUGACAUCUCAAUCUGUACCAACAUCAAUAUGCAAUCAUUUGUGAAUGAAUAUUGCAAGAAGACUUGUGCCAGAUGUCCAGCUAAUCCAUCGGGUCCAUCCAAUCCAGGUAACCCAGGUAACCCUUGCAUCACCUAUCCAGCCGACACUUCAACAUCGUGCCGUGCUUGGGCUGCCAACGGAUUCUGCACCAAUGACUUCUACAAGAAUGUCUGGAGACAAUAUUGUGCCACCACUUGCAGAAUUUGCUAG